UGCUUCCUUCCUACCGGAGUCAUCCAUGGAGUCUGUCAGAUUGAUCGAGUCAUCAACGCUCCACUGCUCAAGUCUGUAGGAGGCAGUCGCGGGAAAUUGGAACUAAAUCGAUAACCGAUAACCAAAAUAAACUUCUCAUGGACACACCGGCGGUGCCACUCACGUCCUGGAUGUUAGGGCCGAGUGAGCAGAUUGCAGAACAGUGUAAAGAUAACAUGCACUGUGAGGAGCAGCUGAGGACCACGCUACACUGUGAUGAUAAGGAAAAGCUUCGUAGGAAGUUGGCACUGUUACAGAGGGAGUACCUCAGGACAGCUGAGAGGCUACAGCGUGCUGAGCGUUUGGACGCAGUGCGGAAACCUGUGGGGAGCAGGAUCAGUCAGCAGGACCAGAGAGACCCAGAGGUGCCAUCCAACCCCUGUCCCCACCCAUCUUCAUUGAUACUGAACACCACCAAUGGGACAGCCCCAAGAAUAGCUCAGUGCCAGAGACACACUGGAGGUCCAGCAGAUUUGGAUAACUCUGAUGCUGCUUGCCCACAAACCCCAGAUCCCAGCCAUGACACAGCUAAAGGUCACAGAUCCACUCCCACCCUGCGCCUCAGGUCUCAGCGCAGCCGCUUGCGCUGGGAAAGGAGGAGUGCUGUCAGGGGCACAGAUGACAACAGGGAGGAAGGACGGAGCCAGAGUGAAAGGAUGGAGACUGUUAGAACAGAAGGAAGUGGCGAGAGAGUCAAAAUGGAGGGAACCGAGGUGGAGAAUGAAAGUGAAGAGCUAUUUUCUUGUACAGACGCUGAAUCUCCGUCUCUGCUGCUUCCACACUGGAACUCUAGUGGUCAAACUGAAACGGGAGAUAUUGCGGGUAAAGAGAUACGAGGCCGACAAAAACAAAGGGAAAAAGAGACGGAGUUGAGAGUGGAUGGGAAAAUAGAAUCGGAGUCAACCUCUUUAUUGCUCACAUGUUGGAACCCUGCUAUACACACUGAAGGAACGGAACAAGAUAUCACACAAAAUGGAAAAAAUAAGGAGACAGAGGAAGGAGAGGAAAAUAGGAUUACUAGAGGGCAGACGGAUGUAAGGCUGUGUGAAGACAGCAGUAAUAAAGACACUGAAAAAAAUGCAGCAGAGGAAAUAGAAAGUGAAAAACUUCAUGAUAAGACAGCUGAAAUAAAAGAAGAAAAAAGGGAGUUGAUUGAAGGAGAGCAUGAUGUAAAGGGUGUGGGUCUCCUGGACUCCUGUACCCUGGUGGAAGGACUACUUUUCCCAGCGGAGUACUACGUUCGAACCACAAGACGUAUGACAUUUUCACAGAGUCAGCCUGACAUGCAGGCCGUUAUACUUUCCCAGCUCAGCGUUGGACGACAUCGCCGCGGCAGAGGAUUGAACAGGCGCGCACACAACCCUGAACGAUCAGGUCAACACGCUGGGACGGGUUUGUCCUCACCGGCGACUGCACCUGUAGAUACCCGCAUGGAAUCCCAGUCUGCUGACACAUCUGCUGAGCUGAACAGUCAGAGCUCCAGUGAGAUUUCAGAUCAAAUCUCAGCUUCAUGUCAUCAGGUCGACGUUGAUGCUUGUCUUUCUCCUACGGUCACCACUGCUCGUCCAGCAAGAGGCGGGAGGAAGAGAAGGGGUCGGGGCAGAGGGAGACCUCAGACCCCACGAUGCUCUAUAGACACCCAUCGACUAGGCCUCGGACACACCUCCCACAAUCCCCAGCCAACCAGCUCCCCGCUCUCUUCCUCCUCGUCUCUCCAUGGAGCUGAUGGCCCAAAGCCACGCCUCACUCCGGGAGAAGCUGUCCCAAUGCAGGACGACCCCCAGUCUGUGUCUGUCCUCAGCACAGCCACACAGCCUUCCUCUGGAGUUGAUGGAGCUCAGGUCAGCUCUGCCUCUGCACAGCAUCUGGAAAAGGUCUUUCCCAUCUUUCUAAAGAGCAGCGACGCGACCAACGGAUCCACACAGAUGAGUAGAAGUGCAGCAAGCUUGCAAUCUCUCCUCUUGCCCUCCUCUUCACCUGCCCAAACUCCUCUGUUUCCUCUCCCCUGUCUGUCCCCCGGCCCACUGGUCAACAAGCUGAUGAACUUUGACAUUACGCAAGAUUUCCAUCUCCCCGAUGACCAGUUUGCUUCCCUAAAGCUGCACAAACUCCGCCAAGUUGCUCUGGAUUCAGGAGUUGAAUAUUUUACAUCGCCUUCUCACAACUCGCGCAGGAGCAGCCGGCGCUCUGACACCCAGAGCAGCAGUGACACAAUGAUGCCUCUUCCACUCGCGCUUAGCCUCACGCCCACAAUCGCCAUCUCACCCCACCCCACUGAACCAGAACAAGCUGCUACACGGCCUGUAGACUUCCAGAACUUGUCAAGAGAGCACAAGCAUGAAGAAAAAUUGACAAGCCAGUCCUUAACUGAGGGGUCAGCCGAACAAGUGUGUCAGGCUCACACCGCCUCGACAGAAUCUGUGCCUGUGGUUCAAGACUGUGCUGCCGACUGUGUCGAUCAAUACGUAGAGCAAGAUACUGCCGUUCUGAAUACUCCAAGCCAGAGUAGCGUCUCAGCCAGCAACGCACACAGAACUGUUGACCACCCUGUCAAACCACAGCCUCACAUCAACUUUGCAGACAGACCUGCAGGCAAAGUGAAUGAUUAUGUCAUCGGGUGCUCAGAUGAACUUCAAAUAAAAGAGUCUUUCGUCAUUUCAUCAGAGGAACAAACUGUCUGUCCCGGUGUAGUCCAUCCUUUGGAGGAUCAGAGGUCUACAAACCACCACACAGAAGACAAAGCUAUCAUUGAGACUCUCUCCUUAGAUUGCCCUGUACAGAAAAGCCCUGAGGAACCUUCUAACAGCCGCACUGCUGUACAGUUGUGUAAGAACAGUGAAGCUCCAGGGGAGUCUCCUGCGCAGCAUCUGAAUGCUGCCACAGAUUCACUUGAAACCACCACAAGUCCUCCCAGAGACAGACUGGUGGGAAAUAAAAGUCCAGACUCCACAAGAGUGCUCUCUCAGCUCCUGUUGAGCCCUCCUCUGGCAUCAGAAGCCUGCCCCUUCAUCACCCCACACCUGCCCUCCUCUGCUCCUCCCUACAGCCCCCCACUACCAUCCCUAGGACUCACCCCCCACCCCCCUCUGACCUCCUCACCCACUGCCCCACCUCUCACCCUGGCUCCCCGCCUUAGCCCGUCCACCCAGGCCCUCUCCCCUCCAGCUCUCUGUCCUUGUCCGUCCCUCCUCUCUAGCCGGCCCACCACCUCCCCCGCCGGUCGGAUCCAGGCUUCACCCGUGCCGUUGUGUACAGAUGAUCGGAGGGUUGAACCACCUACGGCAGUUUCCAGCAUCCAGCCGCAGGGCUCCAGUGGGCAGGUGGGCCUGAGAACAGAGGAGACCGCGGAGGAACACGUGACGAGAUGCACACACACACUGAAGGCCCCAGCAGGCGGCUGUCUGGUGGAUGCAUGCUGCCUGCCCGGAUCCUCAGGCCAUGUGUGUGUCGUAGCAGCCGGAAAGUGGGCCGUGUGUCUCUGGAGUCAGACUUCCGCUUCUGAUUGGAGUUUAACACACACCUGGGCCUUCAAUGAGCCAGUGAUCAGUGUGUUUCCUGUCCCGGAUGCUGCUGGGCUGAUCUGUGUGACUCUGGGUCAGUUGGAAAUCAGAGAAGUGAGGAUGCUGUCGUGCUCCAGCCUCUUGCAAGUGCAGCUGUGUGAGGGCGUCGUCCAGACUGUUGUGGGUGCGUCUAAGUCCAGAGUUGUUAGCUCCUCCCACUCAGCGUCUGGUUCCACCCUGCAGGUGUUUACGCUGUCAGACAGUGGCAGCACAUGGAACUCCCAGACUCUCUUGUGUCCUGGCGUUUGUGUCGGGGCCCUCGCUCCAGUGGACGGACUUUCAGAUGCUCUGAUCGGCACAGAUGAGGGCGGAAACCUCUUCGUCUGGAAUUUAAAGACUGGACAGCAGCUGCGGAGAAUUAUCCUCGGAGAUGGUUUAUCACACACUUCCUGUCUCAGAGGAUACUCUUACUGUGGAGUGUUGUUUGUCCUGCUGCAGCAUCAGUUGCUCAGCUCUCUGGAGGAAGAAGCCAAAGAUCAAAUGUGUUCAAAAGAGGAAAGGAAGAAGACCGCCCUGUUCUCUUUGGUCGCCGUUAACCCUCUGAGUGGAAAAUCUGUCCUGGCUACUCGGCUGCAUCCACCCAAAGCCUGGUCUGGCAGGCUGUGUGAAGCUGAUGUUCACAGCUCCAGCGUGGUUGGCCUGAGUCAGAGUGGCUGUGUGUGUGUGUGGGACCUCGGGCAGCGGGCGACCUCCAGGAUGGUGUGGGCUCCUGAGCGCGAAGGCUGGCAGCUGGCUCGAUGGGGGGGCGGAGGUACGUUGGUGACUGGACAUCACAACGGAGACGUUACUCUACACUGUUACAGUGCGAGUCAGGCUAACCUCUGCCGUCAACGCUGCUUACUUUUAUCAAAUCAGAAUGUCGUUUUGUCAUAAUAUGAAUGUUUACAUAAAGAUUUUAACAUCCUAGGCCAUCAUAUUGCUAAGAUUAAAACAAUAUACUGUAAAUUCAAAAAGUCAUGGUCUUUAUAACGUAACAUAACUUCGAGACUGAAUGGUUAAAGGUGGAGUGCUUCUAAAUUGAACCUCCUCCAGCCUUGCUACACUAAUGUUUUUAGAGCGCCAGUAUCACACACUCGUGUGAGAAUGUUUACUUGAUGGUGGAUUUUCACUUUUUAGACCACUGUAACCCAUAACCACCUUUGUGUUUUAUUACUGCUGCUGUUUUGACUGUUCUUUACUGUGGUUACUUGAAUACAUAGUUAUAUUUCUUAUAUUUAAAGAAAAAGAAAGUUUGUUUUCAUAAUUUACAUUAAACAUUUGUGAAUUCUGUUGUA